AUGAGUAACAGCCACGAGAUGAGCGGGGGCUCGCUGGGUGACGCACGCGGCGGGCCGGCAGCAGGUGCGCAGGACACACGGGCGACGUUCGUGUCCCCAGCGCCUGCUCUAACCAGCGCCGAGUUGGAAGUGGCAAACAAAAUUCGCUGUUACCACGAUAACAAUUUCGAGCGCUUGGAGGGCACGGGACAUUUGGUGACGACCCGCGAAUCAAAAAGCGGCGUCAUUCAGUCAGUGGACCUAGUCGACGAUGACGGUUUCAGUCACCUGCCUGCCGUGACUGUCAUCAACGGCGCAACUGUUACUAAGUGCUUAACGAGGGACGACGCAGCAGUAUCUGUAGCGAACUUCUUCUACCGAAACGGACCAUGUGUCCUGAUCGCGUACAAAGUCAAACAAGCCGGAGAGGAGUGGCAUCAUCCACUGACCCUCCAGGGCAAACACGGUGCGAAUCUUCAGACAGCAGCCGAAAGCGAUUUCGAGCGGCUCAAAGAUCACGCGAGUAACUUGGAACUUCUCGAGGAACGGCAUGCCGAAAGGAGCCGAACCUUGAAGAAGAACCAUGCCAAUCAUGUUCGGUCCCUGAACAACCAGGUCAGGUACAAUGUACAGCUCGUCAAUCAGUUGAAGGAUCAGCUGAGGGCAGCUAACAUUGAGCCCAACUUGGAGGUCAUACCCAACUCUCCCACGGGUGACAAUGCCGGCGCCGCGACCAUUGCUAAACGUAGUGCUGUGGACGCGGCGACGGCUAACGUGCGGCAACCUGCGAAGAAGCAGCGUGGCAAUGGGGAGACUUUUGUCAACCCAGCCCCGUCUGUGACUCCGUCGAGCAUGCAAGCGUCGUCUAGCAGCGCGCUGCCCGAAGCUGAAAAGGCUGAGGGUUUGCCCAGAUCGGCGACAACCGCAAGCGCCACGGCUCAGACCUUGAAAAACAGGCUGAAGCGGGAGAAAAGACGAGUUAAAAAGCGCGAAGCCAUGGCUGCUGCCGCAAGCUGGGUCUCGACGCCGACGGCGAACUUGGCGCACUCGACGCACAACGAGGAUCGUGAGCUGCAGCCGCGGGGUGAAUUGACCAAAUCAAUUCACAACCCUUUCACAAGCGGCAGCGGUCGCGGCCAGGCAAUUCGUCCGAUCCCCGUUUGUGAGACCGUCCCGGAUUAUGGCCCGCCGACAACCCUUACUGCAGACCCGAAGUCGACGAUCCCCUAUGGUUCUUCUUCGCAAGCGGAGAAGGGCCCUGGCGAGGAUACGGAGAUGGAGGCCACGCAGACGAAGAGUUUUGGUUUGCCAGUUGGGCCAACAGACGAGAUCGGUUACACGCCCAAACGGUGA